AGUCUGCCUCAGCUGUCCUUGGUGCGGCUGUUUCUGAUGGAGGCUGCAGUAUUUUGCUGAGUAGCGGUGAGCCAGCAUUCGCUCACUCUGCCUCCAGUCUUCAGCAUCCAGUCAGUUCAGGAGGGCGCUCAGAGUCCCGGCGGGGGGGAACUACAGCGCCCACAACCCCCCACACCUUGCUCAGACUAUCUCCAGGCCUGCAACUGAGUCUCAAGGAACCCUGGGAGUCGCAGUCCUUGCUAACCGGCUGCUAGUGGAGGCAGACAGAGAGAGGGAGAGAAAGAGGGUGACGUGCCAUGACAACCCUCAGAGAGAGAGAGAGAGAGGAAGAGAGAAAGGUGAGUUUAUCCGUCUGUCUGUUUGUGUUUUCAUUUAAUCACCUGUCUGCUGUUUAAGCUGUUUGUCUUCAUUUUUCUAUCGCUCUCUUCUCCAUCUGUUCAUCACCAUCAUCACUUUUUCAUCCUCCAUCUUUUCAUGUCUUUUUUCCUCCAAACAUCCUCCUCUUCUCUCUGCUUCUUUUGGUCUGACGCUGCAUUUUCCUGCUGGAGCUUCAGUCAUUAGCUGUGUGCUCUGCUGUCAAUAUGUUUGUUUCAUUAGAUCUCUCUGUGUGUGUGUGUGUGCUUGCGGUAUGUGUGUGUGUCCAUCUCCACCCAGUCUGAACAGCAGCUGAUGGAUCAAUCUUAUAUUCACUAUGUGUUUUCUUAUCAAAAAGCAGUGAGAGGAUUCGGAGCAAAAAUCAUUACAAAACAACAAAACAUAUCAAAAUAACACAAUGAGGACACACAACAUGAGGUGACUCACACACACAGAACAUAACAAAACAAGAUGUACUCUGAUAAAAAAACAUAAAAUAUCACACGAAAUCAGCAAAAGAAAUCAUCUAGAAAGAAAGAAAUUAUAUAAGUGAAGACUUGACCAACACAUCCUUAAAGAUGGGAUACAGAAGAUGUGACACAUCCCAAGAGCGGGAAAGACAUGCAACAAGUAACAGGACAACAUGAACUCAAAUGACAUAAAAAGACAUAAACAACAUAAAAGAAACAGCAUUUAACAAUAUAACUUAUCAUUAGAGGACAAAAAAGACAAUAAAAGAAGCAAAACAUAAAACAACAAAAAGGCAUGACGUAAAAAAUGAAAUGACGUAAAAAUUAUGAAAUAAUGUCAAAUGACACAACAAAAAGAGAGACAACAGAAAUUAAAAAAUAAAAAAUAUAAGUAAAAAGAUGCCUGACAUAAAGGGUGAUAAAAUAAACACAAAAAAGAAGCAACAUAAUAAGAAAUGACUGAAUACACAUCAAAAAAGAUGUAAAGCCUCACGUCAAAUUACAUGAAGACACACAAUAAGGCAUCAAAAGAUAUGUCAGAAUUAAAACUAUAAACAAAAAUAGAGCAACAAAAAUACAAUCGCAGCAUUAAAAAACAUAAUAAGACAUUAAAAAAACAACAAAAAAAGAUGAAUAACAUGAAAGAAAUCACAUUAAAUAUAAAAAAGUUUAAGGGACCUCUAAAGUAAAGACCUGCCAAAAUAUCAAUAAAUCUUUCCUUUGAAUUAAACAUGAAAGAAAAUUAAACAAAACAUUUAAAAAAGUCAUCAAAUAUAAACAAAUGCAACACUGGGAGGUUAGUAUAAAAGGUGUCUAAUAUAAAACAUGACAAUAAUGUCAGCUAUUAAUAUGAAUUAAACCCUACAAAAGACAUGAAAUAACAAAGACACGCCUGAUAUGAAAAGACAUGACAUAAAAAUAUUACAAAACAUUAGAGGUGAACCAUACAUGAAAUAAAAUAAAAACAUAAAAUAACAAAUAAGAAAUGAAAUUAAAAGACUUGACAUGACACAAAGACUUAAAGAGACGCCACAAGACACAUGAAGACAUGACAUUAUGUGACAUAAAAACACAUCAUAACAUGACAAGACAUGCCACGGAAAAUGACAUGAAAUGGUAUAAACAGAAAAAUCACAACUUGAAAAGACACGACAUUGCAUCAAUGGCAUAAUAUGGAGUUAAAAAAACAAAAUUGGAUAAAGACAAGUCAGGACAUAAAAGGCAUAUCAUGACAUAAAAGAAGUGUCGUGAUGUGAAAAACUAUGUCACGACAUAAAAAGGUAUGUGGGACACAUCAUGAUAUAAAAGAGGUGACAUUACAUGAAAGAAAACCCAUAAUGACAUAAAAAGUCAUGAUUAAACAAGAGUGAUAUUUAUUUAUAUGACAAAUACGAUAAAAGAAAACAUUAAAUGACAUAAAAACAACACUGAAGAGAUUUAGAUCAUAAAAAGACAUUCAGUGGCAAAUAAAUAAAGAGGCAUAAUGGAGAAAAACAAGGUGUGAAGAUGUGUUCCAAUUCAAAAACAAACAACAAUAACGCAAAUAAAAUGACAUGCCAAGAGAUCACAUGGCACAAUACAAAAAAACAUUCAAAUAAAUGAUAUAAAGGGAAUCAAGCCCUAUACAAGCAAUGAUUGAAAUAGUUAUCACAGGCUAUAGGAAGUACAACAGGAAGCAACAUGAGACCAAAUGAAAUGUCAAUCCUUAAAAAGACAUGAGCAGACAUGAAAAGAAAUAUCACGAAACCACACAAUACAACACAAAUUAUACAGUAUAGGACACUCAAAGAAAACACAUGACGCAACAGAAGGUCAAGUAAACGACAAAGAACAUAAAAAAUAACCGAAGACACAACAUGAAAAGAAUUUGAGAGAAAUUAAAUCAAAUUAAAUAAAGCUUAAAGACAUAAAGCAAUUAAACCUGAAUUUAAAAGACGUUCACAAUAAAAGACAUAAAACACGUAAAGACAUCGGAAUAAAUGACACAACAGGAGCCGAUCUGACAGAAAAAAUGAAACAUAAACAGAAGAAACUGAUGUUGGUCCAUAGUCCUGUCUCAGCAGGACUUGCUGACUGAAACAGACUGUGUUUGGUUCACAGACGGUUCAGCAGGUUGGACUCUUUGAACACUUGUUGUGACAAACCUUCAGGGUUUAGUUUGUGUUUUAGAUGAUCAGAUUUUUCUGGCUCCUCUUUGUAGUCCAGUCUUGUAGCAGAGCGUCCUCGGUGUCUCUGUUUACUGCAGGGUGAGGCAGCAGAUGGCCUUUCUGCUGGGAUACCUGCCCACUCCUCCCUCUCUCUCUCCACCUCUCCCUCUCUCUCUCUCUCUUUUUCUCUCUGCCUCGCUACACCUCCCUCUCAGAUUCGUGUUAUUAUCCCCUUUUUUGCUUAUCUUUCUGUCCUUGCUGUGAUUGAGAGGAUGGGGACAUAAAGACAGCACAGAUAGACGAGUGUCUUACAAGUCUGUUGAAAUGAAUCUGAACAGACUUUCAGGAGAAUAAAGAUAAAUCCUUUAGAGCAGAGUUUUCUACUCCAACUCUGUGACCUCCUCAGAGAAAUUAAGCUUCAUAAUCCAUCAGAUUUGCCCUUUGUGGAAAUAACUCCAGCUGACUUUAGACAGGCUUUAGGAGUGUCUGCACGGUAUAAAUGUGCUGCCGGGCAGCAUUAAGGUGUUUGGAAAUGAAGCCAGUGCAGAGGUGAGAAUGAAAGUGCAUUUCUUCCAGUGUACACCGGGGCUUCAAAAAAAUUGUGCUGUUCAGCCUGUUUCGGUCUGAUUGAUGCAUAUACACAGGAGAGAAAAUCAAUCCCCAACUGCUUUAUCUUGGUUUGUCAAUCCCACUCAAAGAUAUUUGAUUUUGGUGUGUUUUCAGUCAGACUAACCUGUGAACAUACAUUUUAAGUCCAGUAUCAGUCGGACUUAAAGGCAUGGUUGACGAUUGGAAGCAGUUGAAAAAGACUGAGCCUUUGUGAUGGAUUUGACAAAAAGCAUCCCACCCCCAACACACAAACCUCUCCCCCUCUGUGCCAGUGUUGUUUUCGUUGACAAUGACGUUGACGAAAAUAUUUUGUCAUCGUCAACGAAAACGAUAACGAGUGUUGUUUUCGUUGACGAUGACGAAAAUAUUUCGUCAACAUCAUCGUAAACAAAAACAACAACAAAGAGACUAAUUAGAGUAAUUUAUGUAACAGGUGCCACGAUAAAAGGCAAAACGUACCUGUUCAACAAGAACUCUGCUGUCUCAGCGUCUAUUUUCAGACCCAAAUCCUUUCAUGUCAAGUUCAUGUCAAUAAAGCAGCAUUUUCUUUUACCUCUGUAUAGGUAUGAAGCAGCUCAGUGACACCGGCGUCCUGAUUUCUGCUGAAACAGAAAGUCUUUACAGGUCCUGAAAAUCCCUCAGCUCCUUCCUCCAUUUCCUUCCCCCCUCCUUCUCCCCUCUCGGCCUCUCAGAGCGAUUGACCUCUAAAAAACCCUCAUUAAGAAUUCAGCAGAAAAACUGAAGCAGACCAAGGUUUGAGAGACAGAGAGUCCUGAGACAGGAAGUCAGGAGAGAGAUGACACAACUCAGCCGAGAGUAAUGACCCACUUCACAAGAAGAAAACUUAUAAACUGCUUAAAAUGGUUUCUGUUUGUAGCCUGGGUAUUGACAAAUCAGGUGCUAGCCGACUUUCAUUUCUGCCGGAAAAAUAUAGUGGAUUCUGUUCCUCCUGCUUUUGCUCUCCAUACAGACUGAUGUCCCAGCUCCCAUUGUCGGUAAUCAGAGGAGGAUUUCUUUCUCUCUAUUCACAGAUAUUUGCACCAAUAUUUACACUGAGACACUAAUCUGCUUGAUGCUGAGUCAUGAAAGACAAUCAGCAACAAUUUCCUGAUUUCCCUGAAUGCAACAUAAAUCAUGAAUCUGACCUCCAUUCAACAAACAUUUUCAAAGUUGUUUUCUUCCCCUCUUCAGGACAAACCUGACAUAGCUUGACUUUUGACUUUUUACUCACCUGCAUCAUGAUGUUAUUUCAGAAAAUUGAAGACCUGUGAAUGACAAGAAAAUCACAAGAAUGUUAGUUUCUGCUUCAGGCUCAUACUGCUGAAGACAAAGUGAAGCCACAAUGUAAGUUACUGUUUACAGUGAAACUGAGACUCACCACAAACAGAUAACCGAGAAACAAAAAAGAGUGGAGAUGACAGUGUAAACUAUUAAGAUACUUUUUAUCAUUUUCUGAACACAGGAAUGACAACAACAACAAAAAACACCAGCCAACUCCUUUAUCUUAAUACAAAUUGUAGUGGCCCAAGGAUGCUUCCCUGAGGGACCCCACAUGGCACCAUGAACAAAAGCAAGAUACAUUUUGAUAAAAGCUGUGCCUUUUUGAAACUAAUAACUUGUUUUGUAUCUUUCUUUUAAUAUUUCGUCUCUUUGUUGUUUCCUGUCUCUGAAAAGUAACUGCUGAGUCAUGUCUGCCGGCCUGGAAGAUACAGACAACGUGUUUGGUGAGUCAUACUUAAAUACAUUUAAUCUCAAAGGACAGGAGUUUAAAUCUGAGACUUCUGUAAUUAACCUGAAUAUUGCAGCUCCUGCUACAAAACAUUUCAAAUAUUAAACUUUAACCAGCCUUUAUCCUUUAGGUUUUGUUUCUUUACAAUAUGAACUUCUGAGAAUCUUUUUUUUUUCUGUAAAACUGAUCCCACAUAUUGUUCAUACAAGAAAAGCCAAAAACAGUUGUCAAAAGAACAACACAACUUUGAAAAUAUUUCAUGGUUCCAGCUUCUGAUUUGCUGUGAAUUUCUGCUUUCCCAUUGAGUAGGUGAAAUAGUUUUGUUGUACCAGUAAAACCAAAAUAAAAAGUUAAUAAAAUAAGGAUGCACUACAAAAUGUUGAUCAUAACAGAAUUCAAUUGUUUGCAAAUCACUCAAAAUCUUUAUUUUAUUGAAAAUAGUGCAAAGGCAACAAAUGUAAAAACUGAAAUAUUUUAUUGUUUAAUGACUUUAAGCUCUGAUCAUUUAGAUAUUUGUUUCACAUUUUUAGUUCUUCAAGAACCCAAAUUAUCAUGCAACCUAUGAAAAAAUGAUUGGUGCAUAAAACCAGGAAUGAAAAUAGUUUUAGUUGCAAUCUUUCAUUAAAUACACCUCUUAUUUUUCCUCUCUGUUUUUCUUUCCCCUUUUCUUCCUCCAGUCUCUAAUAACAUUGAUGUCUCUCCCUCCCCCCUCUAACACAAUUACCUCUCUCCUAUAUGUCCUCCCACACCCCACCCCCACUCUCCCUCAUCAGUCAUUUAACGUCUUUCUGUGCACCAUCCCUCCAUCCUCUCGUUUAUCAAAUCCGUGUUUUCUCUCUUGUUGUCACCUGGUGCACAGCCACCCAAACCUCCAUAUCCUCCCCCCUCUACCUCCCUGUUCCCCUUCCCUCCUCUCCCCCUGUCUCCCCUUCCACCCCUGGGAAAUAAACUGCUCAUUGUGGGGGAGGGGACAGAGAGAAAGUCUUAAUGUUCUUCACAUCUGGCUCCAGACAUUUACUAUAUGGUCUGAGACAAUAUUAAUGAUAAAAUGACUUUUCUUCUUUAGUAGGCUGUCUAAUUCAGACCCUGUUUAUAUGUACCUGGUUAUUUUAAAAACGGAGACAUUAACCAUUGUUUGCACCCUUCAUUUAGACACAAACGGAGAAUUCGCCCAUGAAAACAAUGCUUUUAAAAAACUCCGGCCAUAGUGGAUUCUGAUUGGCUAACGUGGGCUUGAGCUUCUCGCUACACUGCUACCCACAUGUUUGAUAUGCUCUUGACAGCAUAUAUAGACGGGUCAGUGUAAACCCAAACUUUUCUGAAAACGUAGUGGUGUGCACACAAUUUAAAUUUUUUUCCCCCCUGUAAAUAGAAAGGGUUAAAUGUCUGUUUAUGAAAAUAGCCGGGCAUGUGUAAACGCAGUCUAAAUUUCAGAGGGAAAAAAAAUCAAUUUGCAGCUGAGAGGUUCAAAACUAAUUUUGCAAGUUCUAUUCAUUUAAAUCAUAGUCCAAGGCUGAAAUUUACAUUAAAAGCACAAUAAAAGCUGGUUAGCUAACUGACAAAGAUAACAUACAACUAUGUGAGGUGUUCAUGGUCCUGUCGGUUAAAAUGAGAAUUACGUGAUAUUUGUAUCACCAUGAUGUCCUUAUAUGCUUCUUCCAGGAAAAAUACUGAAUUGGUUCUGUGUCAAUUCAUUUGCUUCUACAACCAAUGCAUGCGCUAGUAUGGGUUGAAAUACAAAGGGGGCGCCAGAAUCAACACAACAUGAAUCUUCCUCACAGUAUUGGGAUACUGAUGACUCUGUGGAACCUACAAAGUUGUAAAAGAUAAUCACAGUGAAGACUGGUUUAUUCUGUAACGUUAUUUUAAUGUGUGUAGCUGCUUCCUACUACACUUUUUAAAUGUGAUGGUUAAUACAAGAGGCUUAGUGAUAAACAAUGUUUGUGCUUGUGCUCAUAAGUAUACAAAGAAAAGUGUGAGUGUGUGAGUGUAUUGGUCAGCAUGUUGAAUAUUUGAUGGCUCACUGAUGGGGUGAGUGGGAGGAUGAAGAGGAUGAAGAUAAACCCGUGCUGAAAACUUAAAGGUGUCAUUAUGGAUACAGCUGGAGCCUCUGAAGAGAGGCUCUGUUUAUGAGUUAUUCAUUCAUGUUUUCUUGGAGUACAUUUCUGCGUAUCACUGAGUUAAGGUUCUCAUAUCUAAACUAAGGCAAAGUUUCUGGAAAGGGUUGCUCAACUAAGAACUUGAAAAAUUCUCAGAACCAGCAGGGUGGACUCGUGAAAGUGAAAAUAAGACUAAAACUAUCUCCUGUUAAACAGCCCAAGGAUGCUGCCCUGAAGGGAAUUUGACCGAAAUGACUAAUAUGCAAUAAAAAUAUAAAGAAAAAGAAAAUGUUGUGUGUAAUUGUAAUUUUUUAAAACAGUAUAGAAUAGAAUUUUUAGAGACCUGAGGACGCUGCUUUGAGAAUUGCCAAAAUAAACUGUAUAAAUUAGGUCAUAAUGGAAUCAGGAUCCACAUUAAGUCUGAUUUGAACACUCUUACAGCGUAACUAUUAACUGAAAAACUAAUGUGGAUAUGAUCUGAACAAAAGAGACACUUUUGUGUUUGUUUGUUUUGAUUAUCAUUGAUAAUAUUAAAAAUACAUCCAUCAUAAAUAUCUAUCCAUUGACAUUUUCUUUCAAAGUUGGGCACAAAAAAAUUAAACAAAUACAAUCUUGAAGGACUUAACAAUUGAAAAUGACUCAUUUAAGGAGUUUAUGUAACAUGAAACAAAUGUCAGUUCAUUGAAUCCAAAGAUCUUUGAGAAAUAAGAUAACUAAAACUUUGAAGUAACAAAAUUUAAGUCAGAAUUUAUAAAAUUCAGAAAUAGUUUGAGAUUAAAAAAAAGCCAUUGUUUUCCAAAUGGUGCAGAAUUUGUUUUGACAUAUCACCAGACUAGUUUCUGCAUGAAUACAGCUAAAAUGUACCAACCUUUAGGAUGUUUUUUUUUUUUUUUUUGUAUUUACCUGUUUGGUCCAGGUAAAACCAGGUGAUACAUGUCUGUUCUGGGACCCUGUGUUUCAGACCUAAACGAGGCGAUCCCAGAGACCGAGCUGCUCGAUAACAGCAUCCAGAAAGGCCGAGCUCAGCUAUCCGUCAAAACCCGGAGACAUCGGCCUUCCAGGUCCAGAUACCGUGACAGCGUAAGCUCGACAGAGGGGGACGACAGCCUGGAGAGGAAAGUAAGGUCCAUGUUCACAAGUGGGUUUACAUUAAUUAAUGUAAAUAUAAGGGAAAAUGCAUGAUGAACAGAUGGUGCAGCAUGUCUAGUCUAACCCUAGAGUCUAAUUUUCAUAAAUACCCAUUAUCACUAAAAUUAUCCUGCUUAUUACCAGACAUUGAUUUAAAAACAACUAACAUCUUAUGUCUGUUUUUCUGUUUCUUUGUAUCAGGAAAGCCCACUACACUCGGCACGUUCACCUCUCCAGCUCGCCAUACGAGGCAACUCUCCCUCCCCUGAUUCGCUCCUGUCAGUACGCAGCCCCGCCUUCUCCUUUGACACAUCACUGGUGAGACCAAUCAAAGCUCAGGGCAGAAUUUCAUGUCCAAACACAAAUAAAGUCAUCAAAAAAUAAUGCUUACUUAAAUUCCUCAGGUGCGUCGCUCUCCGGAGGAUGAAGGAGCCCCAUUGGUCACUCCUCCACGGGGGCGGUACCACCAGCUGACCAAUGCCACGUCGCAGGAGGCUCUGGUGACCCCCAGCAGCUCACCCUCCAGGUCCUGCCCCUCCCCCGACUGCUCCAGGGUCUACAUGAGGAGGAGCAGGAGGCCCGAUAGUGAAGGUACCUCCAAACACUCCUGCCAAUACACCUGCUUUUUUAGUACAACAAUUCGGGAUUACGUGUUUUGAGAUAUUUCUUUGUAAAUAAAAAAUGAUUGAUAGUUUGAUUAUACACCUGGAAACACAGAUGCAUCGAAAAAGAAAAUGUGUGUGUGUGUCAGUUUUGGUUUCAGACUCGAGUCGGGACUCAAGUCCGGCUGAUUCAGGCAGCCCAACCGUUGUCUUUGACAAGAAAACGAAGAGACGUUUCCUUGACCUUGGGUGAGACGCACACACAGCGUGAAACACAGAAAAUUACUUUCUUAAAACCUUUUUGCACAGACUUCCUAAUCCAAACUCUACUUGUGGCUACAAAAAGUAACAUUAAAACAGUUGGAAAAUACAAAUUUGUAAUUAUUGACUGAUUCUUCUAGAGAAACAUCUGAAAAAUUUAUUGUUUUCUUAGUAUUUUCUCAGGAUUGGUGUUUUGGAGACAAUACUACUACUAAUAAUAAUAAAUGCUUUUUAAGGAGCAAACACUAAUCCAGCCAUAAUCUUAAAAUACUUAAAAGAACAAGACUUUGCUAAAACUUGAGUCUUACUCGAAACAGUGUUUCAGUUCACUGAACAACUUGACAUUUUAUCAAAAGUUGCACAGAUUUUCUGGGGUGAUCAUUUGGAAAAAAAGCCAAAUCUUGAACACAAGUAUUACUGAACCAUUUCAUUUGCAGUGUUUCACUUUAAAUAAGAAUUAAUGCACAUUGAGUGAGAAAUCACAUUGUAUGUUUUUUUUUGUGACUGCGUACAUCACAGUUGAUAAAAUAGUUUGGACCAUGGAUCCAAGUGCAGAUUUGACUGUUACCAUCCUUCUUUCUCUCUCAUAGGGUGACUCUUAGGCGUUCGUAUAUCAGGGUGAGGAAAGAUAAAUCCAACAGGCUCUCUGUGGGCAGCAGGUGGGUCUGGAUUACCAAACAUACACAGUACAAAAGAUUAACAUUAUGCUAAACUAACAACUCAGACAGACAGGUUUGUUGGCUGUUUUUGCAUCCUCAGAGAGCCGUCUGAGAGUCCAUCUCGCUCUUCAGGAUCAUUUGUCCCGUUCUCCUGGUUCACCGAAGGUCGGGGGUCACUCUCCUCCUCUGGGACUCCACCCUGUUCCCCCAAAAAUACCCCUCUGAGCUCCCCGAGACCCCGCAAGUCCCACUCUCAGGUACAGGACCAUAGACAGUCUUCCUCAAUGUUUACCCUUUGUAAGCUCUUAACCCUUUAAUGCAAUGAUCUUUGUUAUAAUGGUCCUGAUCUUGUUUGCAAUGUCUGUCUUGCAGUCUUGGGUUUUUAAUUUUUCCUCCAAGAUUUUGUCUUGCUCUAGCGUCUUGUUUGCUGAGGCAUUUCUGCCAUGAAUUGAACCUCAAGUUAUUAUCUUGUUCACUCAACACUUCACCUUGUUCGCGCAACAUAUUUGAUUUGCUCUGUUACAAUUUUUCAAGUUUUCUCUUCACAUUAGAGAAAACUAGAGAAAAGAAAUGCCAAUUUUAGGUUUCAUGAAUUCCCGCCGUUUGCACCACUUUUUUUUUUUCGUCUUGUUCCAGCUAGAUAAUAUCUUGUCGGGUCGUUUUAUUCUAUGACACCUGUCAACCAAUCAGGGCACAGGAUUUUUUUGACAGCAUAGUUUAACAUGGACAAUGACCACACAUACAAAGUGUAUCAGUUUGCAGAGCGUGUGUUUCUGUAUAUUGAUUUUUCUGAUUUACUAAGCUUCACCCGCAGCUGCCUGGAUGCUUUUAGUUCAACUGCCACAACACACACACACACACACACACACACAGAAAGAGAGUCACAUGAUCUCACAGCUGUGGUUUGUUUUGUGGUGGAUGAUAAAUAUUCUGCUGUUAGUCUGUAAGAACAAUUGAUAUCUACGAGAAAAAUGUGUGUGUGUGUGCUGACCAUAAACACACACUCUGUUUCCCCCAUUUAUCUUUUCUGUUGGUUUUCUCUCUUCACCUAAUGACUCUCUCUCUCUCUCUCCGUUUCACCAUAAAAGCUCAGAGGAAGACAACAUCCAUCAGAGAACUGCCUAAUAGCUCUAAUAGGCAUUACUCUGUGUGUGUGUGUGUGUGUGUGUGUGUGUGUGUGUGUGUGUGUGUGUGUGUGUGUGUGUUUAUCCUGAUGAGGACUAGCCCUUUCCAUUUUUUUGAGGACGGUCAUGCUUGUGUUGACAUUUUUCCAAGUCCCCACAAAUAUGAAUCUUGGAUUUCUUCCAGAACAUUGUCCCUACAAAGUAUUACAGACAGGUUUGUGUGUGUGUGUGUGAAUGUAUGCAAACAUGUUUACGAGUUAACUGCUGACCUUAGUGUUGUCACAGCGAGCCAACAUGGGACGUUUUUUUGAAGUAAUUUUUUCCAAGUGUUUUCCUUUUUUUCUUUUUUAGAGAGUUUCUGAAAGAGUUUGGAGACACAAAAAAGGCAAGAACUUGAACUCUGUAAAAUCUCUGUUUCUCUCUGUCCGGUAGGAGUCGGCUCUCAGUGAGGAAUUUUCUCCUCCUCACACGUCCUCCUCCACCUCUCCCCCCGUCGACUCCUCCUCUAGAUCUUCCCAUCCAUACCACACCCUGUCCCAGUCUUCUGAUGAGGUAACACACAGGCUCAGAAACACAGGAUUAUUAUAAACGUCAAUGAAACAAUCAAAAAUACCACAAGGUGCAUGAGAGUCAUAAAAACUGCUCAGAGUCCCUUACCCUUCAUCUUCAUCCUCUCUGUCCUCAGCCUUUGGACGAGCCGUCCUGUCCAGUGUCACUGUGGACAACUCAGCAGGUCUGUCAGUGGCUGAGAGGACUCAACAUGGAGCAGUACGUCCCAGAAUUCAGUGCAAAAGACAUUGAUGGUCGGGAGCUGCUGCAGAUGGAUGGAAACAAGCUGAAGGUGAGGAAGAGGAGAGUCUGAGCAUGAUCAGUCCAUCACAAACUUUUUGGAGACUGUUUGGAGUCACUGUUUGGCUCUCUCUUACUGUAAGGCUGUAAGAAGAUUUAGGAGUGCCAGGCUGUUUUUGGCAUGAAAGAAAAAAAGCUAAAGGUGACAAAGUCUGUACAUUUUUAUCCCCUCUGCAACAAAAUCCCCAUUUCUUUGAUUUAACUUUGAACCAAAAGUGAGAAAAAUAGCAGGACUCGUGCAUAUGGCUGCAGAAUAAUUUGCAUGAAGAAAGCAUACAACUGCAUGAAUCAAAAUGUGGUCAUAUUUUAUGUUUAUAAUGAGACCCGUCUUCGUCCUCUGCAGGGUCUGGGCGUGCUCAGUUCAUCUGAUCGCAGUGCCAUAAAGAGACGCAUCAAAGAAAUCCAAAAUGCUGCAGAGAAAGAGAGAAAAGCUCUGGACAAGAUGGAGAAACAGAAAGAAAAACAGAGGAGGAAAGACCAGGAGCAGCGCAGGAAUUGAGCUCCACCACUAGGGGGAAACAUGGAGAUAUAGAGGGAACCUAACCAAACGGGGGACAGCCAGGUGGGGGGAAAACCAGGGGGGAGGCAGAGGGUAACAGUCAGGUGACAACAGAGAGAAGGGGGUCUUAAAGAAGGACAUUUUUACUAAAAUAACAAGGUCUAAAACCACCAAACAGAAAAUAUGAUUUAUUGUUAGAGAAGAAGAGAAGAGAUCAAAAUUAUUCUUUUCUGUCAGAUUUAAAUUACACCCGUCUGAUGUGUACAUAUAAAUCAUCAUUUCAAUAAAGAAAUCUGUCUGAAAAUGUUUGCUGCUGUGUUUUUAAAUAAAAAUCAUCUUUAAGCAGCUUUAGGUGAUUUGGGUCAAGUUUUUGUAGAGCUCUGGAUCUUUAUCUUUUUUUUUUUUGUUCCGUGUUUAAAAGCUUAAUUUCUAUUUUCACAUUUUUGCUUCUUGUGUCAAACUAACCAACGGGGUGUACACAAGAUAAUAUCUUGUGCAUCUUAAGUGUAAUGAUGUGCAUUGAUACCUUAGGAUAAUGUCUUAUGGGAACUAUCUUACUGGUACAAUUAAGUCAUCGUGAGUGGACAAGGUUAAAGUCUUGAUCCCAUAAGAUUAUGGAUUACACAAUAUAACUGAGAACAAGAUCAAAUAUACUAAGCACAAGUUAUCUUGUAAACACAAAUGUGCAAACCAAUUAAAAGUUUGUUUUUAUUUCUUUAUUUUCAAAAAUGAAAAAACAUGGACAGAGUGCUAGUCAGCAUCUCAAUUUUACAAAAUUAAAAACAAACAUUAUUUAUCUGAAGGAACAUAUAAAUAUAUUUUUAUAAAUAAGUUAUAAAUAAAUCUGUUCAUCCAGAGUUUAUUCAGCAACAAUGUUCAGUUUCAUAUCUGCAUACACCUUCAAUAAAUAAAAGGAAACAACAUCAUACCAACAAAAAA